GUAUUAAUUAGAAGAACAAGAAAUAUGAGUUUUUUUAAUAAUAAUAAUGACAUAUUUAUUUGCAGAAAUAUUAGAAGAUAUUAAGGAAGAAAUGUAUUAUAAGAAGGGGACGAAUCACAUACAUUCUAAGAGGAAAAAGAAGUGGAGAAAGCUUUUAUGGGUUAAACAAGAUUAUCCAGAUAAUUGGGUUGAUGAAUCAUUUUUAAAAGAACUGAAGCGUAAUGUAAAUGUCAAAGUUUAUGAUUUUUUGCCUCUUGUAGCGGAUAUGAUUGUUUUUAUGCAACAUCUUUGCAGUAUAGCUAUAUUUAUAUGUGCGUUUAUUUCAAUUUAUUAUGAACGAGUAUCUCCAGGAGUGUUAAUAGGAAUAUCAACGGGAUUUACAAUAUGUUGUUAUAUUUUUUGGGAUUUGGGUAUAACAAAAUUCGAUUAUAAUCGAAAUAUCAAUAAUAGAAAGGAAAUAGCGAAAUUCUCUAUAUUGAUUAUUCUUGUUAUUUUUUGUGUAUCACCUAUUUUGGAAUCUCUUACGAAAUCAACAACAUCUGAUUCAAUAUGGGCAUUAACAUUUUGUUUAUUUUUAGCUAAUAUAUUCUUCCAUGAUUAUUCUACAGCAGAAUGGGCUAAUAAGAAAUUUCCCGGAUCUUUAUCAACUAAUGCAGGUGUUAUGGCUUCAGUUGUACUUGCAUCACAAUUGACAUCAUAUAUUCAUGCGUUUUCGUUAAUAGUAUUCGCGGUUGAAUGGUUUGCUUUAUUUCCUAUGUUUAGACGUUAUCUUCGGCAAAACUUUUCUUUUACGAUUCAACUUAUUCUGACAGCAUUUCUCCUUACGGUAGCUUCAAUAUUAAUUACUUUGGAAAUAAAUUUUACUCUCACAUUAUUAUUUCUUUUCAGCUUUUUCUUUAUUUCUUUUGUAUGUCCAUUAUGGUUAAUAAGUCUUCAAAAAUAUAAAAGUGAAAUACAUGGUCCUUGGGAUAUUGCAAAGCCAAAAUUUGGGAAUAGCUCUAGAUAAUGUUCAUAAAUAUUAAAAUAAAUUUAUAUAAAAUUAUAAUAUUUCA